ACUCCUCCAUUCCCAGCGCUCUUUGCUCGGGUGUGGCUGGUGGGGCUGGGCUGGCGUCAGAGAAGCCAAAAUGGCGGACUUUGAGGAUCGGGUGUCUGAUGAGGAGAAGGUGCGUAUAGCUGCAAAAUUCAUCACUCAUGCACCGCCAGGGGAAUUCAAUGAAGUAUUUAAUGAUGUUCGGUUGCUGCUUAAUAAUGACAAUCUUCUUAGGGAAGGGGCAGCUCACGCAUUUGCUCAGUAUAACAUGGAUCAGUUCACUCCUGUGAAGAUAGAGGGGUACGAUGACCAGGUAUUAAUUACAGAACAUGGUGAUCUGGGUAAUGGCAGAUUUUUAGACCCAAGGAACAAGCUUUCCUUUAAGUUUGAUCAUUUAAGAAAAGAAGCCAGUGAUUCCCAGCCAGAAGACACAGAUGCAGCGCUCAAGUCUUGGAGGGAUGCUUGUGACAAUGCAUUAAGAACCUAUGUGAAGGAUCACUACCCACAGGGCUUUUGUACUGUUUAUGGGAAGUCUAUAGAUGGGCAGCCAACAGUCAUUGCUUGCAUUGAGAGCCACCAGUUUCAGCCCAAAAAUUUCUGGAAUGGGCGCUGGAGGUCAGAGUGGAAGUUUACUAUCACACCACCUACGGCUCAAGUGGUUGCUGUACUCAAGAUACAGGUGCAUUAUUAUGAAGAUGGUAAUGUGCAGCUGGUUAGUCACAAAGACAUACAGGAUUCUGUAGCAGUUUCGAAUGAUGUUCAGACGGCCAAAGAUUUUAUUAAAAUUAUUGAACUUGCAGAAAAUGAGUAUCAGACAGCAAUCAGUGAAAAUUACCAGACUAUGUCCGACACCACAUUCAAAGCUUUACGCCGGCAACUGCCUGUCACCCGUACCAAGAUCGACUGGAAUAAAAUACUCAGCUACAAGAUUGGCAAAGAAAUGCAGAAUGCCUAAGGCCAGAGCUGAAAUGGUGUAGGAAAUGUUAGCAUGCAAAAUCAAAGCAAAACCACUCAAUGUGUUCCUAUGCCAAGUAGGAAGUUUCUCUGACAUGCUGGCAUUUGUCUAGGGCUUUCAGAGUUAACUGGUUUUCUAGUCUCAUGAAGGACUGCUGAACACAUUGCAUUGUCUGUGUAUUGUUUGCCCCUGCCAUGUAAACUUAUUGUGCAAAAGUAUCCAUGCAUUUCCUAGUAGGACUUCUUUAUUCAGCCACUUUGAGACCAGUGAUACCACUUUCUUCUAGUGUGGGCUGGAAAACUUCUUAGCUGGGAAAGCCUUUCAUAGAAAUGAAAGCUGGUAAUAUUGAGGACAGUGUUCUAGAAUUCUUACUAGCACUCCAGAUGUUGCGUUCAGUUUAAUAGGACUGCAGGCAGUUUAAGACAUCACACUGCACCAAAUACACCUUGUCCUAACUUGCCCCCAUGACUGCCAAUUUCCACCUAGCGAUAUCCUCUAGGCUUGGCUUUUAAUGUUUGCAAGGUGUUUACAACAUUCUUCCCAGAAAUCCCAAGGAAGCCAGAUCUUCUAGAAGGGGGGUAGGGUAUUUUUUUAAAUCCAAAGAUUCAAGUCACAUUUUGUUCAAGCAAUUUUUCCCCUUUCUCUUCUUGGAAGAACAGUUUCAAAUAGACAUCUGCAUUUUUACAAAAUGGAUCCCCCAUUUUUCUUUUUUUAAAAUAAUGUCUGAUUGCUGUCAAAACAUCUUGUUUAGACUGAGAAGAAAUUACAGAAUUGUUUACAGAAAGUUGGGCUUACUCUGCUUUAAUGCUUUGUGGCAAGUUGAUGGCAUUUAUACCAGGGAUGUAUGAAUGAACAUUUAUAAACAGUCAAUAAAAGAUUUGCACCAAAGCAUGUUCUGGUGUAGGUAGUUUCUGUUGUGGUACUCAAGAUGAGCAAUGCUUUUCAAUGGAUAUUUGUUGAGAUUAUUUCUUGGAGCUUAAAGAUGUUGGUAGUAAGAUCUUAUCAUAAGAGAGUCCUUGCCGACUUGAGCCAAAGUCCAUCUACUCUAGAACAUUGAUUCUGUUUGUGGCUAGAAAGGUAGCGUUUCCCUGUUUUAUUGUCAGCAUCUAAUAAUCUGAGGUUGGUGCCUCUGAAAAUGGAGGUUCUCCUUUACAUUGUCAAGGCUUAUGACAAUUAGUAGACCUUUUCACUGAAAUGUCUACUGUGUCCCCAAUAUCAGUGUUUUGGUCCAGCAUUCUCCUCACUCCACAUAACACACAGUUGUUAACAAAGGUUUUGUAUAAGCUUUCAUCACUUCAGACUUGCAUUUUACACUCACCCAGUUUGGGAUGUUCUUGAGAAUGUGCUUGGGGUAUUCUCAUCCUGAAUACUGUGGAGAUUGUAAAAUUAUGUAUCCCACUGUGAAAUAGUUAUGGCUAAUAACACUAAACCUAAUACAUAUCUUCCCAGUAUCCCAGAUGACUCUGAUGAGGCCUGAUUCAGAUAUAGGCAUGCAUGUAAGAGGCCUGAGGCAGCAUCGGGUCAUUCAUCUCUUGGUAAGAGGUACAUGUCAACAGUGUUUUUGCUUUGUUUUGGAUAUAAUGGUGAGUCAUAGGUAACCCUAUGGCGACUCCUGGUGAGGUUUUCAUGGCAAGAGACUUAACAGAGAUGGUUUGCCAUUGCCUGCCUCUGGAUAGCAACCCUGUUCUUCCUUGGAGGUGUCCAAUCCUCUCACUAACCAAGGCUGACCCUGCUUGGCUUCCAAGACUUGAUGAGAUCAGGCUUGCCUGGGCUAUCCAGGUCAGGGUUUGGAUAUAGUACACAAAUAAAAAUAUUACUAGAAAAUUUUGC